AUGGACAAAGAGGAAAGGAACAUAAAACCAAGGUUUUUAAAAUAUAAAGUGCGAAAGUACAAAAUUGAUAUACCAUUAGAGACUCAGACAGCUCAAGAACCAGUAAAGGAAACACUGAAAUAUAAAAUGUUUAAAAGGCGGUCUGUACCCUUGAUGUCAGAGAAGACAGAAGAUUUCCUUAAAGAAAGCAUAACUCAACCACAUAUAGUUGCCCCAGAACCAGCUUCCCAAAAAGAGAAAAGGAAAUCCUGGGGAAAACAGGAGCAUACUAAUGCUUAUCCAAAAGCUAGGGAAGUCAGUUUUUUGUCAUAUGACACAACAUAACCAGAAGAUGAUGAUGUCAUAAGACAUAUUACUAGGCUAAGAGAAAAGCUUGGUUGGCAAACUGCCUUAUCACCAAAAGACUUCAAAUAUGAUAAUCCCAAAAUUGCAGUUCAGAAGAUUAUCCUAAAGGAGCCUUUAAAAGAUGAUGGGGAAUUUGUAUAUUGCAUUCCUCGGUAUAAUCCUAACGGCCUUUCCAAUCCAUAUGAUCCUCAAGUAGUCUCUACCCAUAGAGCUAAAAAAUGCAAAGAAUUUUGGAUUAUUACUGCUUCAUUUGUCUCAAAGGUUAUUAAAAUAAGUGACAAUACAGAAGACGUGGAGCUCACACCUGUUUUGGAAUGGCUAUCAGAAAGACAUUUUUACUAUUUAUUACAGCAAUUUAAGAUAUUUUCCAAAUUUCGAAUGAAUAAAGCUUUUGUUAUCUGGAAGUUGAAUGUUAAAAGAAUUAAGAUAGAGAAGAGCAAGACAUUUUUGUACCGCAAUCUUUUUUGGGCUGAUGAGAUAUUUCAAAUCUGUUUGCUUUAUGUAAAAGGACUUUGUGAAGAUGCAAUUAAUCUCAAAAAUGAUAAUGAACACAAAGAUAAUACAUCUGCUAUAUGGCUUGUAAAGCUGGAUACUUCUCGAACAUAUUCUCUAGAUGAAUUUUGUGAAGAACAGUUUCAGCAAACUACUCAGGCACUGAAACAACUUGAAGAUAUUAGGGAUAAAGCAAUUUCAAAAGUGAAAAGUACAAUCUUAAAGGUUGCAGAAAAGAAAGAAAUUAAAGAAUAUUUUGAAUCAAAGUCAUUUGAGGGUGAAACAACACAUUUCAAGCUGUGUACAUAUCGGCAUUUAUUGGAAACAGCUUACAGGUUUAUGAUGCUGAUUGACUGCAUACUUCAGGAACUCAUCCGUCAACUUAUGAACAUUGCAGUCACACUACUUUUGGAAGAAUUUAAUGGUUCUGCUAGAAUGCCACUUUCAGCAGAAAAGAAGAAUGAAAAUCUCAUCGGAACAUUCAAGGACAACUUUUUUCCUGUUGGAAAGAUAACAAACGAUUGCGAUGAACUGGUUAAUUCAAACUCUGAUAGUUUUUCUGUUCAAAACUCAGAAGUAAAAACACACACUGAUAUUAAUGAGGUUUUGAAUGGCAUUAAAGUGGAGACGAAUCUGAGAAAAAUAUAUGCCCCAAUAUUUGAAGUAAAUCUACACUUGAGAACUCCUUCUGAGAGUUAUUCUCCAGAAAAUUCUCAAGAGAACUUUCCUGAGUCUGACCAGGGCCCUGAAAAAUGUAUGACAUGUGAAGAAGAUGAAAUGUCAGAAAAUGAAUAUAAUGUCAAAAAUGACUUAAGUGAAGAACUGCUCCCAAAAGCCAAGGAACCACAAAUAUUUUCUUAUAACUUUGAAGACAUUUCAGGUAAGACAAAUGAGACAUUAACAAUGAGGAGAAAUUUAUUUAUGAAUUAUCAAGUUCCAGAAUUCCCUACAAAUCUCCUUAUAGAUCCCAAUAGAUUAGAGUUUUCAAUAAAAAUCCAAAAUAUGGUGACUACUAUGGAAAACUAUAUAACCAAAAUUACUCCUCUUUACCAAGAUCCCCGCCUGUCUAUCUUUAUUGAUUGGAUUUCAAUUAUGGAUUUAUCCAAAAAAACUAGAUGGCCAGAUUGUCAGCUACUUUUUGAAAUGGAUACUGCCUAUCAAAAUAAAAUUGUGAGUCUCCUGACUGUUAUUGGUGAUUCAAUGGGCCUAGUUAGUGUUUACAGCUACAAGUUUCUAAAAUAUUGUACCAUGGUUGAGAAAGCCAAAGUCAUGAGUAUGAAAAUAUCAUCUUUGAAAGAAUUAUCUUCAGCACAGUUUAAAACUAUUCUACAUACAUUUCGAAACUACUUUCGAUGUGUUUUGACUAUGACCAUUGAGAAGCGAAUUGGUAUUUUCAAUGUUUUAAGUUUUGAUUAUCAAUCAGAAUGCUUACCAUACAUUGAAAACAUCCUACAGAUAACCCACGGCCUCUUGAGAUCUGUAAUUGAGAAAAAAAGUACAAAGCUAUGGAAAAUCAUAGAAUCCGCACUGCGACAGCUGGAAUCCAUGCCCACUGAAGUAGAAGAAUUUGUGGAACACUUCACUUUUUUGGAAGCGAUUUCAUCCAAAAUAUUUCAAUUAGAAGAUGAGUACUUCACAAUUAAUCAGUUGUAUUCUGUUGUGAGACAUUACCAUUUAUAUAUUUCAGAAGAGCAAAUUGCCAUAUAUAAAAUUCUUUUUGGCAAGUUUUGUCAACUAAAAACAACUAUAAAGUUAAAUAAAACAAACAGGGAGGCUGCCAUAACAAAAUUCAGGGAAAAAUUGGAAGCAAAUAUUGCUGGUCUACGAGUGGACGUUAGUAAUUUAAAAGCCAACGUAAGAACUCCUGUUCUGUUUUUUAUUGGUACUGGAGUGCAAACAGCAAUGGAAAUGAUUCGGACUUUCUCAGAGGAAGCUGCAAGUUUGGUUAACAAAAUUAAAACCUACUCAAGCUACCAGGAUCAUUUUGAUGAUCACCAAUAUCAUAUGCAUUCUCUUAAUAUGGAAGAAAUUACAAAUAUUGUGCUCUCAGAAAUCUCUGACAUUGAAUGUGACUUAAGUUUGAGGAAAAUGUUAUGGGAAGCACAAGACGAAUGGGGAAAGUACUUUUGGGAAUGGAAGAAGUGUUCUCUUCAAAGUAUUGAUGUAGAAUUAGUACAGAGAAUUGUUACAAAAUUGCUGAAUAUAAUCAUUGUACUAGAAAAAGGUUUACCUAAAAAUGAUUUGUUAACACAUCUUAAGCAAUCAGUGACAGAUUUUAAACAACAUCUACCAAUCAUCACAGCAUUGGGAAACCCCUGUCUCAAGCAGAGGCACUGGGAGGCUCUCCAGGAGAUUAUUGGAAAGUCAAUUAACCUAGAUAAAAACUGUACUGUGGAGAAUCUUCUAAGCCUCAAGAUAUUUCAGUAUGAAAACAAAAUAAAUGAAAUAUCAAACUCAGCAACUAAUGAAGCUGCUCUUGAAAAAAUGCUAUUCAAGAUUAUCAAUCUUUGGAACACUACUCCUUUACGUGUAGUUCUUCAUCACACAGAGAAGUACUCUAUCCUAAUAAUUUCAUCUAAUUUCAUAGAUGAUAUAUUUGCUCAGUUAGAAGAAUCUCAAAUCUUACUUGCAACAAUUAAAGGAUCUCCCUAUCUCGAACCCAUUAAGGAUCUUGUGAAUGAAUGGGAUCAAUACCUUAAACUCUUUUCUCAUACCCUUGAGGUGUGGAUGAACUGUCAAAAACAAUGGCUUUAUCUUGAACCAAUCUUCCAUUCUUUAGAAAUACAAAGGCAGCUUCCAGCAGAAACAAAACUUUUCUCUGAGGUGCUCUCCCUAUGGAAAGAAAUAAUGUCAAAAAUACACGGCAAACUGGAAGCUUUGCAAAUAACCAUCUCAGCAGGAAUCCUUGAAGUUCUGCAAAAUUGCAAUAGACAUCUUGAGCAUAUAAAGAAAAGUCUAGAGGAUUACCUUGAAAUCAAAAGAACGAUUUUCCCAAGAUUUUACUUUCUUAGCAAUGCUACACUUCUUGAUAUUCUAGGUGGCAGUGGAAAUCCUGAGUCUGUACAGCCCCAUCUUAAGAAAUGUUUUGAAAACAUAAAACGAGUGUUGAUAUGGAAACAAGAAAUUGGCCCUCCUGCUGUAAAAAUGCUCAUAUCUGCUGAAGGAGAAGGUCUUGUGCUGCCAAAGAAAAUUCGUAUAAGAAGUGCUGUAGAACAGUGGCUGGUAAAUGUAGAAAAAGCCAUGUUUGAUGUGCUAAAAAAAUUUGUGAAUCAAGGAGUUGAAGACUGGACCCACCAAAUUUUUUCCCUGUGGGUGGUAUCUCAUCCAGGACAAGUGGUACUCAUUGUGAGUCAUAUCAUGUUCUAUAAUGAUUGUAUCAAAAGUUUUAUGAGUUCUCACUCAAAAGAAAAGCUGGAACAAGUCCAUUCUAAUGUGAUGUGUCAUCUAGAAGAGGCUGCAGAGCUAGUAGUGUUAAAUACUAACACCUCUCGAACAAAAACUGCACUAGGAGCAUUUCUUACUCUUUAUGUCCACUGCAGAGAUAUUGUGAUGGAUCUACUACUUAAAAAUGUCUUCAAUGCAGAAGAUUUUGAGUGGACGAGACAUUUGCAGUAUAAAUGGAAUGAAAAGCAAAAGUUGUGUUACGUGUGUCAAGGAGAUGCCAGUUUUACUUAUGGCUAUGAAUACUUGGGCUGUACCCCAAGGUUGGUUAUUACACCCCUCACAGACCGAUGCCGGCUAACCCUCACAGCAGCGCUACACUUGAAUCUUGGAGGCUGUACUGCUGGUCCAGCUAGUGUAGGAAAAACUGAGACUGUCAAAGAUCUGGCAAAAGCCCUAGGUAAAUAUUGUGUAGUCUGCAGUUGUUCUGAAGAUUUGGAUUAUAAGAUAGUGGAAAAAUUCUUUUUUGGACUAGUUCAGUCAGGUGUUUGGUGUUGUUUCGAUGAAUUCAAUAGAAUUGAUAUGGAAGUUGUCUCCGUCAUUGCCUCACAGAUACAAACAAUUAAGGCUGCAAAAGACAGCUGUUCUGUCAGAUUUGUACUGGGUGGAAAAGAAAUUCGUAUCAGUAUGUCUUGUGCAGUCUUUAUCACCCUGAAUCCUGUCUUUGGAGGUCGAGUAGAACUCCCAGAUAAUUUAAAAUCUCUGUUUCGCCCAGUGGCUAUGAUAGUGCCCCACUAUCAAAUGAUUAUUGAAAUAAUGCUGUUUUCAUUUGGUUUCAAAUCUGCAAAAUCAAUCUCUGGAAAGCUAGCUAGCCUUUAUGAAUUAGCUAGCAAACAGCUCUCACAACAGGAUCAUUAUGAUUUUGGCCUGAGGUCUCUGAAGAGAGUUUUAAUAAUGGCUAAAAAGAAGAAAGAAGAGUUUAAAUGUGACACCAGUGAUAAUCCUUCUGAAGUAGAUGAAACUACAAUUGUUAUAGAGGCCAUAAGAGAAUCUAGUUCAUCAAAAUUCAUUCCUGAAGAUGAUGCACUUUUUGAAAUGAUUAUAGGAGAUUUUUUUCCUGGAGUGAUUGUUUCAAAAGUAAAUCAACUUGCCUUGGAGAAAGUGAUAUAUAUUGCAACACAACAAUUAGGCUUACAACACUGGUCACCUCAGAAAGAGAAGAUCGUUCAGUUUUAUAAUCAACUUCAAGCUUGCGUUGGUGUGAUGUUAGUGGGCCCAACAGGUGGAGGAAAAACAACAGUCAGAAGAAUUUUAGAAAAAGCAUUAAUACUAUUACCAGUUGUAGACAUGUUAUCAAUUAAGCAAAGGGAAUCUUAUUCAAAGAUUUCAGUAAAAAAAGGAAAAGUAGAUCUUUGUGUCUUAAAUCCAAAGUGCAUCACUCUUAAUGAACUAUAUGGACAAUUGGAUCCUAAUACUAUGGAAUGGACUGAUGGCUUAUUAUCAGCAACAUUUCGAAAUUAUGUGUAUUUAAAUACAAAUUACUCAAAGAAAAACAUGGAUAUUGGACUAAAGUCAAGAAUCUCAGGUUUAUCUGCUGUUUUCAAACUUGGUUCCUCUGAUUCAGCAGAUAUUGAUGAUAAUGUUUUUCUGAAUGAGUUAGAGAAAAUUGAAAAAUGUCCACAAAUUCCAAAUUUUGACUGGCAGUGGAUUAUCUUAGAUGGUCCAGUGGAUACUUUGUGGAUAGAGAAUCUAAAUUCUGUGUUUGAUGAAACUAGAACACUGUUCCUAGCAAACAGUGAGAGAAUAGUUUUAACUAGUAAGAUAAGAGUUAUUUUUGAAAUGGAUACUCUCUCUCAGGCCAGUCCUGCUACUGUCAGCCGGUGUGCAAUGAUAUAUAUGGAUCCUGUUGAUCUGGGAUGGGAGCCUUAUGUCAAGUCAUGGCUUUCAAAAACCUCUAAAAUCAUGAAUCAAUCAGGAGUAGAUUGUCUUGAAUUCAUGAUUCACAAAAGUGUCACUGAUGGACUAAAAUUUAUAAAGAAGCAUCAGAAACUUCAGCCAUUUCCUGUACAGGACAUAACAGUUAUCAUAACUCUCUGCAGAAUUCUUGAUGCUUUCUUUGAAUUCAUGAGUAGAAACGGAGGAUUUGGAGAAGGUGAUCCGAAUAACACUUCAACUAAGGAGACAAAAGAUUCUACCAAAUUGAAGGAACCAGAAAAGAGCAAUGAAAAUCUGUGGUAUCUGGAGAAAAAUCCUGAUAAAUUAACAAUAAUGAUUCAAAAGCUUUUUGUGUUUGCUUUUACUUGGGCAUUUGGAGGAAGUUUAAAGCAUGAAGAUGAUACACUAUUUUAUCCAGCUUUUGAGCCUGAUUCUGUUUCGGAAGUAACCUAUGAUUUUGACAAACUUGUACGUGAAUUAUUUGAAGACAAUUCACAAGGAGGUAUCAGUCUACCAACUGGUGAACAGUCUAUCUUUGGGUAUUUUGUGGACAUACUACAAUGUGAAUUCAUACCUUGGUCAGAUUUAGUUCCUAAUAUUCAGACAAUAAUUCAAAGAGGGACUUCAUUACUGACUGACAUUCAAGAAUCUGGUGACAACAUAUUGAAGAUGAUAGAAUGUGGAGAGUACAUUAAUUAUGUUGCUACCAGAGACACAACAUGCCUUUCUUUUCUCAUGAGCCUUCUCUUAAAGAAUUCCUGCCCUGUGCUUCUCACAGGAGAAUGUGGUGUUGGGAAAACUGCUACCAUUAACCAAAUGCUUGAAAAGUUAGAGAACUCCGGAGCAUUUGAUAUAAAAUAUGGGUCAAUUUUAGGAGAUGUCCUAUUACAUAAUGAGAUCAAAAAAUCAAGGUUCCUAAAGCAGAACAUCAGCGUCUUGUUUACUGAAACCCAUAAGAUAUCAAGUAGAAAACAUGAUAAUACUACUAAGAAGCUGUAUGAUAAAACUGAUGAAAGUCAUAAAGGAAUUAUAGUUUCUGCAAUAAAUUUUAGCACCAAUAUGACAGUUGCCAAAAUGAAGGAGAUGAUUCUUAAAAAGUUAGUGAGAAAAAACAAAGACACUCUUGGAGCACCUAAAAACAGCAGGAUUAUAAUAUUUAUUGAUGACAUGAAUACUCCAGGAUCUGAUAUGUAUGAAGCACAGCCACCACUGGAACUGAUCAGACAAUUGUUAGACAUGGGAGGGGUUUAUGAUACUAAAAGAAAUGUAUGGAAGAAUAUUCAAGAUCAUGCUAUAGUUGCAGCCUGUGUUCCUCCAAUCGGUAAAAACAACAUUAGCCCACGUCUCCUCAAGCACUUUUCCAUCCUGGUAUUGCCUCAUCCUCCACAGAGUGCCCUGCGGACUAUUUUCCAGGCUCAUUUGGCAAUGUAUUUCUUCAUCAAUAACUUCUCACCUGAUGUUCAGAAAUAUAAGGAUCAGAUAAUAUCUUGUUCCCUCACUAUGUACUACCAAGUGUGUAAGUGUAUGUUACCGACUCCAACAAAAUGCCACUACAUGUUUAAUCUUCGAGACGUGUUUAAGCUUCUCCUAGGAAUUCUACAAGCUGACAAGACUAUUAUUAACUCCAAAGAAAUGCUUGCUCUACUCUUUGUUCAUGAAGCCACCCGGGUGUUUCAUGAUCGCUUAAUUGAAGCCACUGAAAAAAGCUUUUUCUAUCAGUUGCUUUCAAAGGAACUUGAGAACUAUUUCCAGAUUAAGUGGACUCCAGAAAACCUGAUGAAUGACCCAACUGUAUUUGUGGACUUCUUGGAUAUAAACAAGACUCUUAAAAAAAAAAUCUAUCAGAAUACUAAUGACUAUGAUAAACUUGCCAGCAUACUUAAAGAAUUCCAAAUGAAGUUGGGUUCAACAUCUUUGGAGAUUCCUCAUUCCAUGGUGUUCUUCAAGGAAGCUAUAGAACAUGUCAUAAGAGCUACAAGGGUCCUUCGACAACCAGGGAGUCAUAUGUUACUGAUUGGAACAGAUGGCUGUGGAAAACAAACUUGUGCAACCUUAGCCUGUUAUGUGGCAGAACACAAACUAUACCGAGUGCCUGUAUCUCGCAAUUACGCCUACACAGAAUUCAAAGAAGUCCUUAAAAAGGUGUUUCUUCAAACAGGGUUAGAAGGGAAUGCCACUGUUCUGAUGGUUUCUAACUUAUCCCUAGAACAUAAAUUACUUUUGGAAGAUUUGAGCUACACUGUCAGUUCAGGAAAAAUACCUAACUUGUUUGAAAAUGAAGAGCUGGAUUCUGUCGCAAUGAGGAUUCGAUCUUUGGCUGAACAAUCUGGCUAUGUGGAUGACAGACAAUCUUUACUUGCAUUCUUCCAAAAGAGAAUACAUAAAUAUCUUCAUAUUUUUAUAAUCAUGAGUCCUGCAGGACCUAACCUGCGCCAAAAUUGUAGAGCAUACCCUUCUAUGAUUAGCUCCUGCACAAUGGAUUGGUACCAUAAGUGGCCAGAAGAAGCUCUCCUUCUUGUAGCCAACUCUUUCUUAAUGGAAAAGGUGGAUUUAGAGAACAAAGAGAACUUAAAUGAAAAUUUUGCCCCAACAUGUGUUCAAAUCCACAAAAGCAUAAAUGACUUGAUCCCAAAAUAUUUUCAAGAAACUGGAAGGCAUUAUUAUAUCACUCCCAGAACCUACUUGCAGUUCAUGGAAACAUUUUUAUACAUUUUGAGGUCACAAAAAGAGGAAAUGCAAAUAAAGAGGUGCCGUUUCCACAUAGGUCAAUCCAAGAUCCUGGAAGCAACCACACUAGUUACAGAAAUGCAGGAGGAGCUCUUGAUUCUUGGCCCUAAAAUCGAACAGAAAACAAAGGAAAUAGAAGUUCUGAUGGAAAAACUUGAGAAAGAUUCACAAGUAGUUGAGAAAGUUCAGAUACUUGUUAAACAGGAUGAAGAAAUUAUGGCAGAAGAAGUAAGAAUUGUGGAAGAUUAUGCUCAGAAAACUGCGAAUGAACUAAAAAGUGUGCUACCAGCUAUAGAAAAUGCAAUUGUUGGUCUAAAUGCCCUGGAUAAAUCUGAUGUUGCUGAAUUAAGGGUGUACACAAAGCCUCCCUUCCUUGUGCUGACUGUCAUGAAUGCAGUAUGUAUUCUUCUGCAAAAGAAACCUAACUGGGCAACGGCAAAGCUGCUUCUUUCAGAAACUGGUUUUCUAAAGAAACUGAUUAAUCUUGACAAGGACAACAUACCUGAUAAGGUUUUCCUGAAACUGAAAAAAAUUUUAAGCUUGCCUGAUUUCAACCCAACCAAGCUUGCUCUGAUUUCUGUUGCUUGCCGCUCAAUGUGCCAGUGGGUUAUAGCUUUGAACGACUACCAUGAAGUACAGAAGGUGGUAGUCCCUAAACAAAACCAAGUGGCUGAAGCUCAAAGUGUUCUUAAAAUUGCACAACAAAGGUUGGCUGAAAAACAGAGAGGUUUGCAGCUGAUUGAAGAACACUUGCAGUUUCUGCAGGCGGCUUACAAAGAUAUUGUUGCUGAAAAACAACUAUUAGCAAAUCGGAAAAAAUUGGUCACCAAGCGCUUGCAAUGUGCAGCUAUUUUGCUGACUGUCCUAGACGAGGAGAAGGCUCGGUGGCAAGAAAUAAUCAAUCACAUCGAUAACAAGCUAGAGAGGAUCCUGGGUGACAUGCUGCUAUCAGCAGCAUGCAUCGUCUACAGUGGAGUUUUAACACCAGAAUUCCGCCAGCUGAUUGUGAAUAAAUGGGAGAAAUUUUGCAUUGAAAACAACAUUUCCUUGUCUUCCAACUUUUCUUUAAUUGAAGCGAUGGCACAAGAACCUGAGAUACGCCAAUGGCAUAAUCAGGGGUUACCUCUUGGUCAGAACUCAAUAGAGAAUGCCAUCUUGAUCAAGAAUUGCCAGCAGUGGCCACUGAUGAUUGACCCACACAAGCAAGCACACAACUGGAUCCAACAGAUGGAAGGAACUGGGCUGCAAGAGCUCUCUGCUGAGGAUAACAAUUACUCCAAAAAGAUUGAAAAUGCUAUGAAAACAGGAGAGAGUGUCUUCUUGAAGAAUCUCCCUGAAACAUUUUCUCCAGGCUUGAUGGCAAUUCUGAAGAAGGAUAUCUAUCAGAAAAGAGGGCAAUAUUUCAUAAGAAUUGAUGACUGUGAGAUUGAAUACAAUUCCAAAUUUAGGUUAUACUUAUCUACAGAAAUAGACAAUCCCCAUUUUCUUCCAUCAGUUUAUAAUUUUGUUACUAUGAUCAAUGUCAUAGUAACAUUCCAAGGUUUGCAAGAUCAACUCUUAUCUACUAUAUUAAGUCAUGAAGUUCCUCAUUUAGAAUAUCAACGCUUCCAGAUUUUAGACAGUACUUCUCUUGGUGCUAUAACUAUUGAAGAACUGGAAGAAGAAACAUUGAACUUACUACAGAAAUCACAAGGAUGCAUAUUAGAUGAUGAGGAAAUGGUAGAUACCUUAAGAAAAUCCAAAAUAAUUUCAAAUGAAAUUUCAAGACGCAAUGAAGCAACAGAAAAAGAAAAAAGUGAAAUGCAAGCAACAUAUAAAAAUUACCUCCCCAUUGCUACUCGAGGUGCCCUGCUCUACUUUCUAGUGGCUGAUCUAACACAAAUCAACUGCAUGUACCAGUUCUCCCUGGACUGGUUUCAUCAGGUUUUUGUUUUAUCAGUAGUUUCCAAAAACAAAGAACAGGAAAGUGGCUUGAAAAGAGAGAGAACAUCUCUGAAUCAAAUAUCUCAUUUGAUUAUGAAUACCUCAGAAGAACCUAACUUGGUGAGAGAAAAAAAUUGUUUAGACAAGCAUGUUAAAAAUGCAGUAGAUGUGUUGACAAGAAAUAUUUUUAAGGUGGUUUCUUCAGCUCUGUUUAAUGAACAUAAACUCUGCUUCUCCUUUCGGCUUUGCACUGCAAUCAUGCAAAAUAAUGCUAAUGGAAAUCUAAUGCAGGAUGACAUUGGAUUCCUAUCAGAAAAAGAAUGGAAUACCUUUUUAUAUUCUGGCUUAUUGAUAAAUAUUAAAAGUGUACUACCCAAGCCUAGACUUAAUAGUAUAUUUGAAAUAUGUAAAGAUCAUCAUCUUCAGUGGCUGCCAGAUUCAAGGUGGAAGCAAUGCCAAUAUGUCAGCAGCCAGCUGGAACCAUUUUUACUCCUGUGCGAAUCUCUUGUAUCAAAUAUACCACAAUGGAAUGCUUUUAAGAACAGCAAGGCUAUAUAUUCUCUAAUUAGCACACCAUUCUGUCCAGAAAAUGAUUUAUCAGAGGAAAGUAGGAAAUCACCAGGAGAAAGUGAACUUUUGAGUGAAAAUGAAGAAAUGUGUAAUCCUACAACUUUUCCCUGGGAGAAACUCACUCCAUUUCAAAGACUUAUUUUGAUAAAAAUUCUUAGACCAGAACAUUUAACCAGUGCAGUGAGAACAUUUGUAACUGAAAAAAUGGGAAGUGAAUUUCUUCAUGGAGCCGGAAUUAAUUUGAAAGAAUCAUAUGAAGAAUCCACUGCCAAAACUCCAUUGAUCUUUAUUCACUCCAAUGGAAUUGACCUCACCAAUAUUCUCCUGAGAUUUGCACAAGAAUUAAAAGGAACAACGGAACACGUGACCAUGAUUUCCUUGAGUCAUGGCCAGGCAACCAAAGCAGAAGACCUCAUUGUUCAGGCACUAACUAAAAGGCAUCAAUGGGUCUUCCUGCAGAACUGCCACCUUGCAGGGUCAUUCAUGCCAAGGCUCUGCACCAUUGUUGAAUCACUUAAUAGAAGAAAUGUGACAUUAGACCCUGAAUUUAGGCUCUGGCUAAGUUCAAAGACAGACAGUUCUUUCCCAGCCCCCAUCCUUCAAAAGAGUAUCAAGAUUGCCAUGGAACCUACCCAGGGACUGAAAAGCAAUUUGCUUCAAAUGUUUGGUGGAAGUGGAGAGGUGACAGAAGAGAUAUUUGAAAACCCCAACUGUGGACAAUGGUGGAAAAAACUAUUAUUCAACCUAUGUUUUUUCAAUGCUGUGAACAAUGAAAGAAAAAAUUAUGGUACAUGGGGCUGGAAUAUUGCUUAUAAAUUUAUUUCUUCAGACUUGGAGUUUUCCAUAAAGGUCUUGGCAAAUGUCCUGAGUAAAGAGUCUGAAAUUCCGUGGCCAUCUGUGCGCUACUUGAUCGGGGAAGUGAUUUAUGGCAGCCGGGUUACUGAUAUCUGGGACAAGCGAUGCUUAAAGACACUCCUCUACAAAUUUUGCAAUCCUGAAGUGCUGAAAGAUGACUUCAGUUUCUCUAGUGAUGCGAUGUGUCAACCCAUACCAGAAUCUGCAAGCAUAAAAGACUGCAUACACAUUAUCGAGUCCUUACCCGAAGAUGAUUCGCCCGAGAUCUUAGGAAUACACCCUGAGGCCCAAAGGAGCAUCAGGGAGAUCCAGGGCCAGAAGUUCAUCGAAAAUCUCAUUGCCCUGCAACCAAAAACUACCACCGACAAACUCACGAUCAAUCCUCAUCAGAGUAAUGAUGAACUCAUGAUAGAAAUUGUAUCUGACCUACUGAAGCGGCUGCCGCUGACAGUGGAGAAAGAAGAGUGUCCCAGCACAUUGAAAAGUCUCCUGUCCAGCUCCAUUUGGGAGUCUCUCUAUAAAAAUAUCAAAGGCCAUGAUCCCCUUAUCCAUUGUGUCUUAAUAGUCUUUUUGAACCAAGAAAUAGGACGAUUUAAUAAGCUAUUAAGUGUCAUACAUAAAUCUUUAAAAGAUCUUCAACUUGCUCUAAAAGGAGAGAGCAUCCUCACUCAAGAACUGGAAGAAAUAUACGACUCUCUUCUCAAUACAAAAGUUCCCUUACUGUGGCAGAAAUAUGCCUACAAGUCAUGCAGGUCCCUAAGUUCCUGGGUUAAUGAUCUCAUGCAGCGACUGGAUUUCUUCAAUACCUGGGCCAAAGUGGCUUACACUGCAAUACAUCGUCGGUACAUGAGAUUCAUCACAUCUUCAAAUGAAACUGCUUUAUCACCUAGUCAAAGCUUCACAUACCUUCCUGAAUCAGAGUCUGAUUUCUUUGAAGGAUUUCCUGCAAGAUACUGGCUCCCAGCUUUCUUCUUCCCACAAGCCUUUCUUUCUGCUGUGCUUCAAGACUAUGGAAGAGCCCAAGGAAUCUCUAUGGAUGGCCUCACUUUUACCCACCAUGUGAUUUCUGACACCAGUGACAUCAAAGAUGAGGAGCUCUCCAUAAUUAUCCAAAAGAAGCUCAACACAGUCAGGAGAGCAUUUAAGGGCUUGGAUUCCUCUCAUGAAGGAGUUCAUAUUUUUGGCUUAUUCCUUGAGGGAGCACGAUGGAAUCAUGAACAAAAUAUACUAGAAGACUCGCUGCCUCUUGAAAUGUGUUGUGACUUUCCCGACAUAUACUUUAUGCCAACAAAGAUUUCUACUGAAACACCCAAUGCUUCUAACCAGACAGAUUCAGAACUCUAUACUUUUGAAUGUCCAAUUUACCAGACACCUGAGAGGUCAAGAAUUUUUAACACUGGUACUAGUCUACCAACAAACUUUCUGACAUCAGUGUAUUUAUCAACGGCGAAACCUCCUAGUCACUGGAUCACCAUGCAGGUGGCAUUGCUGUGUGAGAAGAAUGAAUGA